AUGAGUUCGCCUCACACCAGCCAUUCCGACAGCUUGCACACGCGGUCGCCUGUCCCUUCGCGAAGGGCCCGCGACGUGUCGGAAAGAGUGCCCUUAGUGAAAAUAAACGACGAGAAACCGCCCUUAGCCGGCUCUGAGACCGACGACGAUUUGGACGACGACCGGGAAACCGUCUCCAAACCGUACCCAGGAGUGGACGACGGUUUUUUCAACGGGGAGGGAAUCCCCGAGAACGAGGGAGACGUUCCGGUGAUCACAUCCCGGGCGGGCCCGGAUGGAGGCAGCGAAAAGCCGGACGAAGUCGACGGGCCCCGGAAACCGGACUCGGGACCCGGACGGUUUCCCUACGCUCCCAAUUUUGGGACGGAUUUGGAGGUGGGAAGUACCGUCCCGGAUUUGGAGUCGAUCCCAGAUGUGAAUGUGUACCAACACAAGAAAACCCUAGCUCAGGGAAUGAUGGACUUAGCUUUAUUCUCGGCAAAUGCCAAUCAGUUGCGUUAUGUCUUGGAAAGUUUCAACCGGCACCCGUACUACUAUCCCAGUUUAGUUCUGAUCUCAUUUAGCUUAAUUUUUCAAGUCGCUGUCGGCAUAGGACUUAUUUGGAAUUCACGAUACAAUGUCAAAGACGAUAAGGAGAUUUGUAUUGCUAAUAGGAUAAACAAUUUUACCAUCAUUGGGAUAUUUUUAGUCACUGUUAUAAAUGUUUUUAUUUCUGCAUUUGGUGUGGCAAACGCGCCGACAACUUGAAAGAAUUCGAUUUUAUCUUUCUCGUGUUUUUGUUCCCUUUUUGUUGAAUCGUGAUAUUGAAGUCUGGGAAAAUGUGCUUUACAGGAAAAUUUUACUUUUCCGUCUUGUAUGUUUUAGAUUAAGUUUUUGUAUUUAUUAUUUUUUAAUUUUUUUAAUUCGUGUUCUUGUCAUACGUAACAAUAAAAUAUUUUGUUAUAAAAUUGCCGUCCUUACUAUCUCCGAGUUCCUGUUUUGUUUACAGAUAAGUUUAAUUCUAAUGUAAAUAUUUUCAAGGAUAAGAACAAUAACAGCGCACUACUAAAAUUUAUUGCAUUUUUUGGGUUUCAAUUUUUUCUUAAAUAAAAUUGUGUCGUGAAAUCGCAAUAAAACUGUUCUAAUUCAUA